GCCGCGGAGGCAGGAGGCCGAGCAAAUCCCAGGAGCUUUGUACAAGCCGGGGCCCGAUGACGAGUUUUUCUUCAUCGGCAUCUCUCACUGCUGGGAGUCUCGGGAGCAUCCCGACCCUUUCGGGUACCAGCUCAAAACCAUAGUGGAUGCGUGGCACUACUGGAGAGAGGCCGCCCCUGAUUGGUACGGAGAUGACAACACCUACUUCUUCAUUGAUUACAUGAGCUUGCCACAGUUUAAAAGAAGUGCAGAAGAGCAGACGUGCUUCCAGCGCGCGAUGAAACAUAUGCACCUGUUUUAUGCAAACAGUGGUGCUUCAUCCUUUUGCAAGAGCGUGUGGCGCUUGGAAGACUUGACGCCUGCAGGUGUGAAGAGACAGCAGAUCCGCCAAAGGCGGACCAUUCCGGUCUACAUCCUGGCUGAAGGGAAGGUGGUCGAAGUCCCCCUCAAGCGCUUGAAGCGCAGCGUUGGUGGCAAAUGCAGCUCGUGUUGCGACGAAAACUGUCGCAAUUUGCACGCGAAUGACAUCGUUUACCUCGGCCGGGGCUGGUGCAGGGCCGAGUAUGAAUGGGCCAAGCCCUACACCGUCAACAUUUCGCGGUGGUGCGUGUGCCUGUGCCUGCGCCGCUGCUGCGCUUGGUAUGACUCGUGGUUUCACAGGUUCUCCCUGCCCUGGACGCCUGAGGCGUUCCAGAGAAGUGUAGCCACCCACGCCUUGAAAUUCACCCACCGCGGUGACAUCGACCCGGUGCUCGAAUUGCAACGCACAGUGUUCCAGCAGAAAGUGGCAUCGGUGAAGAAUUUCGCAUGCAACUGGCUUCCGUGCCACGAAGUCGAAGACUUGGUGGAGCUUGUGCCGCUCCUGCAGGCGGUGCGGAGCUUCCGGCUAUCCGCCGCCCAUGUCGCUGACUCCCAGCAGCUCGCCUUGGCGACCGCCUUGGGGGCUCGCCCGGCGCUGCAGCGGGUGCGGAUCGACUUCGUCCAGCUGAGGCCCGACGCGGUGCAAGUCCUGGCAGCGGCACCGUAGCUGCGCAGGCUGGACCUGUCCUUCUGCGGCCUGGGCGACGCCGGCGCCGGCGUCGUGGCGAACGCCUUGGCGCAGCACUCGACGCUCCGAGAGGUGUUGCUGCGAUUCAACGGCAUUUGCAGCUGUGGGGCGAUGGCCUUGGCGACGGCCUUGGAGUCGAACGACGUCUUGCAGGUGCUGGAGUUGGAGGGCAACAAGAUCCGCUCCCGCGGCGCAGUGGCUUUGGCCGAGGCCUUGCGAAGCA